AUGUCUCUGUACUCUUCUCUGCCUCAUAAUAUCAGACAGAAUCUGACCAACUUCAGCGGUAACUCUUUUUAUCAGCAAUAAACUCGAGACUGCGGUGACAGAUCCAACAAUAUCCCAGCUAAUGAGACAGUGUCCAGCCUCCCUUUACAGAUGGCACUAUAUUUCAAUGUCAUUUUCUUUCCUUUCUGGUGGGUGUCAGAAGUGGCCAUGCUCCAUCUUAAGUAUAAUAUGUUACCAGGAUACUACCAAUGGCUACUGUUGGCUGCUAUAAUAAUUCUCACACUGAUUGAAAUUAUUCGGCUUUGUCUGGGCUACAUGGGAAACUUGCAAGAAAAGCUGCCAGAGUUAGCUGGAUUUUGGUUGCUGUCCUUUGUAAUCCAACUACCCAUUAUUCUGUUCCUCCUCACCGAUGAAUCCAUCAUCAUCAUACCCCUGGAAAGGGGUGUCCAUAUUCUCUAUUUUACCUUCCUGGUUUUCGAGUUGGCUCUGGGAUCAGCCCUAAGAGAAAUGACAAACCACCUGGUGAAAUGCUUCUACCUCCAGCAGUUUCACGGAUUACAGGAGAUCAGAAUGCAAUGGUUAUUCCUAUAA